AGGGGUGGAGCCUGAGCGAGGAGUCUGCGAGCAGCCCUCGCUCCCCGGAUGACGAGGGGGUGGAUAACAUGGAGUCGGGCAAGAUGGCGCCUCCCAAGAAUGCUCCGAGAGAUGCCUUGGUUAUGGCACAGAUCCUGAAGGAUAUGGGAAUCACGGAUUAUGAACCAAGGGUUAUAAAUCAAAUGUUGGAAUUUGCUUUCCGAUAUGUGACUACAAUUCUGGAUGAUGCAAAAAUUUAUUCCAGCCAUGCUAAGAAACCUAAUGUUGAUGCAGAUGAUGUGAGACUGGCAAUCCAGUGUCGCGCUGACCAGUCUUUUACCUCUCCUCCCCCAAGAGAUUUUUUAAUGGAUAUUGCAAGGCAGAAAAAUCAAACCCCUCUGCCACUGAUUAAGCCAUAUGCGGGACCUAGACUGCCACCUGAUAGAUACUGUUUAACAGCUCCAAACUAUAGGCUGAAGUCCUUAAUUAAAAAGGGACCUAACCAAGGAAGACUAGUUCCACGGUUAAGUGUUGGUGCUGUCAAUAGCAGACCUACCACUCCUACUAUAGCGACCCCACAAACAGUAUCUGUCCCUAAUAAAGUUGCAACUCCAGUGUCAGUGACAAGCCAAAGAUUUACGGUGCAGAUUCCACCUUCUCAGUCCACACCUGUCAAACCAGUUCCUGCAACAACUGCAGUUCAAAAUGUUCUGAUUAAUCCUUCAAUGAUUGGGUCCAAAAAUAUUCUUAUUACUACCAACAUGGUUUCAUCACAGAACACGGCCAAUGAAUCAAACCCACUGAAGAGAAAACACGAAGAUGAUGAUGACAAUGAUACUAUGUAAGGCAUAUAGUCUAGUCUAGAUGCAUUUCAAAAGUAUAGUUGGUUUUGAGCCCAGUAUACUGAACUAGAAUGUUCUAGACCUUCUCAAGUUUUACCUUAAAAAAUAAAUGUAGCUGCAUAUUUUUCACAUUAGUUAAAACUGUUAGAUUCCUUUUUAGUGAAAGGACAAAUGUUUUUUCAUUAGGCUUCAAGUACAAAAAGUUAAGUACUUAUUUCUUAAUAGUUUCAUUAAUGUCGAGUCCUACUAUGGCAAUUCUAUUCUUGGAGGCAGUUUUCUGCUAUGUGUCACUGACAGCACUUAAGUUUCAGGUUCUACAGCCUGGUCAGUGGACUAAUUUUUAACAGCAUAAUUUCUAAUCUACAUUUAAAUACUUUCUUUUGUAAGGUAAAACAGUCACUUUUACUGUCACUAGCUUUUGACCAAAUCUCUCAACUUAGGAAACAUCUUUUGAAAAGGAUGGAUUUAGAGAGAUUCUAAAUCCAUUUUGAAUGAAUUUAACUUGGUUCUUGGUUUUCCCUAACUUCCCACCUCAACUCCCUUUCUAUAUCCCAUUCAUUUUCUGCACUCCCCCCAUAAUCUUAAGUUUCUCCCCAUUGCUCUUAAAUUUAAAAGGCCAUAACUGAAAUUUUUGAAAUAUCAUUCCUGAUAACACAGCUCAGUGUCAUUUUCAUAUUUCUAAAACAUGCUCUAUAUGCCCGAUGUUCUGUGGUUCACCUUAACCUGAGGGUUUGCGUUUGUUCUUUUUCACUCCAUACUAGAGCAAAUUAUGUUCUAUCCCUUGCCUUUUAUGCCUGUUGAGCUUUACUGUGCUUUUAACAGGUAGUUUUGGGUCACUUAUAUUCAGUUUCUGUCUUGUAUUCCAAGUUGAUAACUCUACUGUAUUUCACAUUUCUAAAUUUAACAGAUGCUAUAGCUUAAAAUGUGCUUUGAUAAAUAUUUACACUGGACCCAGGCAAAACCACUGAAGAGCAAGUAUUUUCUUCCUUUCUACCACAUGCAUAUAUGUUUUGAUUACUACUGCUUGAACCCUCCUGUUGGUAUAAUUCAGAUCAUUUUUCUAGCUUGUUGCUGAGGAUGUCACACAUAAAAUGAGGAUCAAACCUAAAAAUAGAUACUAAUCGUUCUCCAUCCUCUACAAGGCCAACAAGGAAAACAAAUGAGUGUGAUGUGACUUUGCAUUUAGGUACGCUCUGCAUAGGUUUCCCAGUAAUGUAGUAAUGUUGCUAAAUACCUUUCCCUAUUUUCCAUUUAUACAUGUCUAAAAGUCUUAUUGGGAAAGAUUGCAAAGCUUUUGAGAAUAUAAACAGACCUGUUUUGUUUCUGUUAAGUUCAACAUACUCAACAUACUUUUGCAGAAUUUUCUAAAAUAAAUUUUCAUAUCAUAAUUUAGAAUUUGUAGCAAAGGAUCCUCAAAACUUAAACAUAAGUUUCAUCUCAGGAUGGUGCUUUGAUACAUCUGAGAAAUACUCCAGUAAUGGGCAAGAACUAUCUUAUCACAGUUUGAGUGUUUUUGGAUAUUAGGGAAAGGUGAUGUAACUUAUUAACAAAACAGACCUGACCAACAUCAUAGAAGAGAAAUGUUGAUGAUAUAGCAUAGGGUGUCAUUACUUGAAUGUUCUCAGGGAGGCAGCAUGUCAGAAGGCCUAGAUUCUAUUCCUAGCUCCAUCAUUUACCAACUAUGUGACCUUACUUCACCUAUUAGCCUUGUUCUCCUCACUAGUAAUAGGAAAGUAACACCCUGCCUACCUCACAGGGAUGUUGUGAGGGUUUAACUGGUAUAUGUGAAAGUUCUUUCAAAAUUGUAAAAUGCUAUAUGACCACAAGGAAUUAUUAUUAGUGUAUUUGUUUCAAGGUUAUUAAUAAAUACUUGAGCUUA